UUACUUUCUCUGUACACUACAAUCAAGAUGUCUACCGAAUGGAACGUGAUUGUCUACGAUAAGCCUGGCACGGACAGAACUGCCGUCAGACCAGCACACGUUGCAGCCAUCCCCGCUGCUGUCAAUAGCGGAGUAGUCAAAUCAGUAGGUGCUAUUUAUCAAGACCAAUCAAAGACAAAGUUUGCCGGUUCAGCCUUCCAUUUGAUGGCCGAUUCUCGUGAAGAUAUCAUUGAAUUCUUGAAGAAAGACAUCUAUGCCAAGGAAGGUAUUUGGGACUUGGACUCUGUUGUUGCCCAUCCAAUUGGGGUUGCCUGUAGAUUGGGUAAGGCCAUGCCAGGGGUAAACUUGUAG